AUGGCGGACGUCGAAAUGUCAUCGGGCAAGGCCCCUCGCUCCAACCUCCGUUUCGGUCUUAACCGCGGACGCCCCACCACCGUUAUCCCCAAAGCCGUCCGCCCCUCGCACAAGAAGGGUGUCAAGACCGAGAAGAAGACCUUCAUCAAGUCGGUCAUCCGCGAGGUUGCCGGUUUCUCCCCAUACGAGAAGCGAGUGAUGGAGCUGUUGAGGAACUCGAAGGACAAGAAGGCGAGGAAGCUCACCAAGAAGAGGCUCGGUACGCUUCUCCGCUCCAAGCGGAAGAUUGAGGAGCUCGCGAACGUUAUCCAGGAGCAGCGUCGUCAAGCCGGCCACUAG